GAAAGGAUUGAUUGAGAGAGAGAGAGAGAGAAAGAGUGCGUGUGUGUGUGUGUGCGUUCUCCCACAAGUCCACAGUUAAAUAGAGGGAAAAAAGGCUGGAUAUUAUGAUGUCAGAGAUCAGAGAUAAGAGUAGGGGACAGUGUGCAUGCGUUAUCCUUCUAAAUCUUUCGGUCUUCCACAGCAUGCAGUUAUUAAUCCAGUGAAAUAGGAGCAGAUUUCUCAAUUGGAUCAGCACUGGAUUUGGGGAGAGAGGCAGAAUGCUGGAGGGGAAGGCAAUGAUCCAGGACACAGACAUGCCAGUGAAGAUGCAGCUGCAAGCCAUGUCCUGUGCUAGUGAAGCUCUCGACCUCUUUGAUGUCCUUGACUGCAAAAGCAUAGCUACCCACAUAAAGAAGGAAUUUGAUCUGAGGUAUGGGCCUGGAUGGCAAUGUGUGGUGGGUUCCAACUUCGGGUGCUUCUUCACCCACACAAAGGGCACCUUCAUCUACUUCUGCCUGGAGACACUCAACUUUCUCAUCUUCAAAGGAGCUGCUGCUUAGCCAACCCAACCACCUGCACAAAAUAGCUGUUGGGCUUGUUAUGAUGGUAGCUCCCGAGAGCUGAAGAUGAAAAGAGGUAAUUCUCUGACACACUGAAAUGUGGCAGAAUAUGAGAACAGAUAUUGAACAAUAUAGUGACAUGCUUCAUACUUAGGUUUCAGAUCAAAGUUCUACUUUGCUUUCUCUGCUUUAUAAUGUGAGGGAACGAAAUGAGAAACUUUUUUCUUACCUUUUGAGAAAGCCUAUGUGUGCAGAUAUAUCAGUGCUGGAUCUGAACAUCAAAUGUCAUGACCCUCCGAUUCUGCUUGUCUUAGUUUAUAACUUCAGAGACAUUGGCAAAAAGUUGCAUCACUGGUGAUCUUUAUUUCAAUAAGUUGUGGACUUGCAGCAGAAUUUCCUGCAAAGAAAUUAUACAAACUAUUAUUUUUAUUAGGUAAUUCAUGAAUGUUUCUGAA